CGCUCACUCUCAUUGUCUUUGUCACGCAAAGUAUUCUCUUGAUCAAAAGCGAAGCGAAAAGCUUGCAGGACUUUUUUGGCUUUGUCGUGUGAACGCGACGAAAACAAGUGGGAUCAUGAAAUCUUCUGAGGAUGACAGUGUUUGCCAAUCGCAAAAGUCUCGGCGCUGCUACACAGGACGAGAAUCACACCAAUGUCAUUUGUUGUCGGUGCCCAACUUCAUCUUUUCGCUUCCGUCACUUUUGGGUUGGUACGCCGUUUAGCCCUCUGCCCGUUGUUUAUCAGUUUGUUCGAGUACCAUGCUGACCACACUGCUCCGGCACCGCGCGUUGUCGUUCUUGCGCUCUAUGAAGUCAACGAAGCGUCGGGCGUGCCGGACGCCAGCGAGGCCUUUCCGUCGCCGUUGGAGGCCGGGCGCGAGUGCUACUGUGGGGAUCAAACCUUGUACGAAAUCUUUCUGCGCUGGCAGUGGCACCUGCCUCCUUCGCGCUUUGAAAAGUCCGCGGACGAGCUGCAGGCAGACGCUGAUGCCACUCUGCGGCCAGAGGACUUCCAGGGAUGCCUAUCAAAGUGAAACGCCCGCAUCCCGUUCGUUUGUGCAGCAUCCACGGGCAAGACGAACUUAAUAUUCCUAGUACAGCAAACGUGUGCAGCGGUGCAGCUACCUAGGUGGAGCGCACGACUGCGUUUAGUUCCCUUGUGGAUCAUGUAUCAGUGUAGUUCGACGAAUCCGAUUGGAAGAUUCUCUUGCACCUACGUACUCUAGUAGAGGACCAAAGGAGUAUCAUGAGGAAAACACGAGGAUGGAGGGGGAUUUUUUCAUGCUGAUAUUUUCCAGCCCGCAUUCAGUUCGAUGCCACGAUGGGCGCGCCUUUCACGACGCGGAGCUACCGCGAAGACGCGACUUGCCCGGCGGACCUGGCGGCGAAUGCCGUGCGGUGCAGCCGCAUGCAGCUCGGCCC